CUCUCUACUCUCUUACAUAUUUACUAACUAUCGCUCCUACACCCGUAGAAUUACAUCUAAGCUUUAGCCAAGAAAGAAGAGAAAGAUAUCAUGCCAGACCAGAAGCGAAUUGGAUUCAUUGGACUUUCGGCCCAAAGCUCAUGGGCUUCAACCUCCCACCUGCUGUAUCUACAAAAAACAUCGCUAUACAAGAUCACAGCACUCCAGAACAGCUCGAAGACAUCAGCUGAAGCCGCUGCGACAAAGUAUUCGUUGGGCAACGUUGCAACCUUUGACAAUCCCACCGAACUUGCAUCAAGCUCAGACGUUGACAUCAUCGCCGUCAGCGUCAAGGUUCCUGAGCAUUACAAGCUUGCUAAACCCGCGCUUGAAGCCGGCAAGGAUGUUUUCGUCGAGUGGCCGCUAGCUCGCAACCUCGCCGAAGCCGAGGAACUUGUGCAACUGGCGAGGGAGAAGGGCGUCAGGACCAUGGUGGGAUUGCAAGCGCGCCAGAGUCCUUCCAUUCUGAAAGCAAAGGAGAUUGUGCAGUCAGGAAAGCUAGGCAAGAUCUUGACUUCGACCAUGUUCGGCCACGGUGCGAUCUUCGGUCCUGUCAUGAACGAUGCAUUCUCGUAUGGUCUACCGAUUGAGGCUGGAGCGAACUUGCUUUCCAUUCCCUUUGGUCACGCCGUGGAUGCGUUGUGUUACGUUCUGGGAGAAUUGAAAGAUGUCUCGGCUACGCUCGCGAACCUCUUGCCCGAACUUGAUUUGAUCGAUAAGGAUGGCAAGCCUGUAGGAAAGGCUAAGAAGACAGCACAUGAUCAGAUCAACAUCACUGGUCAGCUCGUGAACGGCGGCGGCCUUGUAAAUGUCACCUAUGCGGGUGGUCUCUCCCGUACUAACCGAGACUUUGUAUGGGAGAUCAUUGGUACAGAAGGCACACUCAUACUAGAGGGAGGAAGGAUGGGUGGCCAUGUGCAGAUGUACCAGCCCACGGUCAAGCUUGCAGAAGGACAAAAAGAGCUAGAAACGGUCGAGUUUGAGAAAGCCGCCGACUUCUCGUACAACGUGGGUAAGGCGUGGGACGCCUGGGCUGAAGUUGGAUUGGACAAAGGGCAUGCCGUUACGACAUUUGAAGAUGCGCUUGUGAGACAUAAGAUGAUCGAUGCUAUUUAUCGAAGUGCGGAGAAGGGCACGAAGGAAAGCUAUCUAUAAACUUUUCAGACAAGAAAAGGUGCUUGUAUUGGGACUCAAUGAGACUGUUGGUGCAUCGUAGCGCUCCUCAAUUUAGCGACUCUCACUGGUAUCUCUCGUGCAGCUUUACGACAUAAGUUCAUUGUUACUUUUUCCCUGUCUUGGAAAUGUUGAUCGUGUUCAAAUGUAGGUCACAAUAUGUAACUAAGAAGUUGGUAAAAAAUCGAGGAUUGUAAGUACUGGAAAGGAUUGACAAAUCCGCUCAAU